AUGCUAUCUUUUGGGGCCAUAGGGGGUUUUGGCGCCCGACUCAGAACUUUUACGCACGAGAUGGUGUGCAUCUCAAUUCCUUCGGUCAGGAAAAAUACCAUCGUAGUCUUAGGGGAGCAAUCCUAAGGUCCUUGAGCCUGUUCAGCACAAUUUCGUCUUGUUGAAUUUUCAACGUUUCAUUUCAUUUCCUAGUCGCGCCUUUUAAAGUUUACGUUCUUGCCUCGCCAUGCCUUUGUUUUAGUGACAGCCGUUUAUGUUACUGACUUGCCGCCUUUAUUUAAUUGGGCGCAUUCUAUUUUGGCUGCACUCAUUGUUUUUACAGUUCUACAGAACUGUUGUUUGCCUUCCGUGCAUAACAGAUUGUAUUUGCUGGCGUUGGCAUUAUCCAUACUUUGUGUCUUGGUGAAUAUUAUGAGUGUGCAAUCCUAUUCGACCGCCCUUAUUUGGGAGUGUCCUCAAUGCACUUUGAUAUUCGUUUACCAGGCAUUUAUGUCACUCAAUUCUUGCUACAUGGCUCGCCAUUUGGUUUUCAGCAGAGUUCGGUUAUUCGUCACCAUUAUGUGUGCGUAGCUUAGCCACAUUACCGUUUGUUAAACAAACAACCAACAAACAAACAAAAGACAAAACUCAAAGGAAAAAUAAACAUCCCGGCUCAGACCUUUCAUUAAUUUGCUCCUCUUUGACUCAUACCGUUUUGAUAUCUUAUCUUAUCUUAGCGGAAACAUAUGGCAUUUAGCCUUAUCUUAAUCUAAUUACUCUUACUUAUCUAAGUUAUGCCUCCUAAGCCGAAGCGAACGUCUCAAACACGCACGCGAAGUUCUGCGAAGCGGGCGCGUGUAACAAAAAUGAUCGAGACCCGCCCUGGAUCCAGUGAUCAACAACAACCUGCAACUCAAACGGAGCAGCCUCUCAUGGCCGUCAAUAUGCAGGCCCUCUCCGCCUCCAUUUCUAGCGCAGUACAGCUAGCUGUCUCGGAGGCAGUGAAAGGGCAAUGGCCAGCCGCACCCAGCCAGGAGACACAGUCCUCCACGGACCAGUCAGUGGCCAAUAGAGUCAACGCAUCCUUGGCCGAGAUCACCCAAGGUACUCCAUCACGUAGCGAAAACGUUGUCACCUUAGCUGAGCCUGGGUUAGACUCGCCGGCUCCGAAACAAAUUUUUUCUAGCGUGGCUGUUUCUCUUAGCAGUCGGGUGAGUUCCAAAGUCAAGGCCAAACGCUGGUCCAACGAAUAUCUUGAUUUUGGAACUCUCCUCUCGUUUUCUCCCAAUAAUCAAAAGUAUUCUCUAUCUCUCGCCUCUUCGGAUAGUGAGACCACCCGCCCACACUUAACUUUAGAACCUAGCCAACCAGUUAAAAAGAUCCAAACUAUCAACCAGUGGCUCUCUGCAUUUAAUAUUUUUGUUGCGAUCUAUUCGGAAAAAAUACCCACGGACACACCCAAGCUGAUGAAAUAUUGUGAAAUUGUCCACGAUAUCGCCGCAAAACCAGGUGACUGGUUGUAUUAUGACGAACAAUUUCGUUUCAUAAGGCAAUCAGCCCCUGCACAAUACCCAUGGGACGCUAUUCACUGGGAACUUUGGCUAAAGGCUGUGACAAAUUUUCGUCCGAAAACCCAAUUUUCCUCAGACAAGGGACCACUGCGCCCCCGCUCCCAGUCCUUUCCAAGAGGCACAUGCUGGCGUUUCCAUGCGGGGAAGGUGUGCAACGGGUACCGUUUCGAACACAUUUGCUAUAAGUGUGGCUCAAAACACCCUGCGGCACAGUGUUCCUCCAGCCAACCUUAAACACACCCCGUCAAAGCAGGCAUUUCAACCGUCGCUGCACAAGCCAGUAACACCCGUAAAGGUGGAUCGGCUUAAUUUCCUUCUUAGCGGAUACGAAACUUCUCUCCGCCUUUAUUUAGUUAAUGGGUUUACUUUUGGUGUUCGCGUUGGUUUUGAUGGGGAACGCUGCGCGUUGCACUCACCCAACCUUAAAAGCGCUUUAGACCAACCGAUAAUCGUUCGGACCAAACUACGUAAAGAGUGUGAGGCCGGGAGGAUAUGUGGUCCUUUUAUUUGCCCUCCUUUUCCAAACUUUGUUUGUUCUCCUUUAGGCAUUGUUCCAAAAAAGACCCCUCUGAAUUCCGUUUAAUUCAACACCUAUCGUACCCUUAGGGCACCUCAGUAAAAGAUAACAUACCGGACGCACAUUCUUCGGUUCACUACGCUUCUAUUUCUGAUGCCAUUGCGGUACUUAAAAGUUUAGGGGCUGGUUGUUUUUUAGCCAAAACCGAUAUUAAAUCGGCUUUCAGGAUUAUUCCAAUUCAUCCGUCCGAUUUUCCUUUGCUAGGCAUGAAAUGGAAUAAUCAGUUUUACUUUGAC